AUGUGUUGUAAUAAUGGAACCAUUGUUUUGCCACCAGUAACAGCUCCAAAUCAGAUGAUUGAUAUUUUCUCUGACCAAACAGUGGAGGGUUGUCAUUUCAGACAAAAUAUUCGAUCCUAUAAUCAUGUUUUCUCAUUCACUUCAAUAGGUGUUCAUGUUGAUGAAAACUUAGCAACAAGAACUCGAGGUGUGUACACGUUUCGUGCACAAGGAUCCAUAUAUCAUAAGAUCAGGAGUCUCUUACCAAAUUCUAGCGACAGACUGAGAUAUUUGCAACUGUAUGUUUAUGACAUUGACCACGAGAAUGAGAAUCGAAUGUCUAAAAAUAGAGAAUUACACUUAGAUUUGCUUGACAAGAUAAAGAAUAUUUUAAAUGCUCAUAAUCCAUUUGUACACACGUUUCGCCAGUUAGCUCAGCGUCCAGAUAUACAUGAAUGCAGACUUCAGAUCAAAGAGCAACCACGUAAUAGGCCCCAAUACAACCUUCCGACUGCUCCUGAAGUUGCUGUAGUAUUAGUAGGCGCCGAAGAAGCAGGAAAUUUAAGACCAAGAGAUAUCAUUGUCCAAUCAACCAGUGGUCAACUCCUAAAUAUUCCUGAUAUUACCGGAUAUUAUGAUCCAUUACAGUAUCCUCUGUUGUUACCCUAUGGUUCAUAUGGAUGGGAUGCAAAUAGCAGAAGUAAUGUCGGUCGUAGAACAAUAUUACCGUCGUCAUUUGUUGGUAGCCCACGAGACAUGUAUCAACGAUAUCAAGAUGCAAUGGCUCUGGUCCAAAAGUAUGGAAAACCUGAUCUUUUCCUUACAAUGACUUGCAAUCCAAAUUGGCCUGAAAUUAAAGCUGAGUUACUACUUGGACAGUCACCACAUGAUCGCCCUGAUUUGCUGACAAGAGUAUUUCAUUCAAAAUUUGAUGAGAUGAAGACCGACAUUCUUACAAAACAUGUACUCGGGAAGGUUCUAGCAUAUGCAUAUGUUAUUGAGUAUCAAAAAAGAGGCUUACCCCAUGCCCACAUGGUCAUUAUUUUGGAUGAAAAUGAUAAGUUACGCACUCCUGACGAUUAUGAUAACAUUUUCAUAGCUGAAAUUCCAGACAAGAGAUUAGAACCUAGAUUAUACAGUGCAGUUCUGAAACACAUGAUACACGGCCCAUGUGGAAUGUACAAUGAACGAUCACCAUGUAUGACAAAUGGUCGGUGCAAAAGACGUUUCCCAAAGUCAUUUUCUCCAAUUACUACACUUGGAAACGAUUCAUACCAUGUUUAUCGAAGAAGAGAAGGGGAGUCAGUUCCAUUAGAGAGUAAUCCAAGCAUCUUGGUGGAUAAUAGUUGGGUCAUUCCAUACAACCCAUGGUUACUCUUGGAAUAUGAUUGUCAUAUCAAUCUUGAAAUUUGCAGUAGUGUUACAAGUGUGAAGUAUUUAUACAAAUAUGUUUAUAAAGGGCCUGACCGUGUUGCACUAGAAGUUCGUCAAGGUCCUAAUUAUGACGAAGUACAACAGUUCAUAGAUGGAAGAUGGCAAGUGUGGUUUUAUACGUUCCAAGACAUCACAAAUGUUUUAGGAGAUGAGUAUUAUUCCAGAACAAUGCUUACCCAAUUCUUUCAAUUAAAUGUUGAUGACGAAACUGCAAAUCGGUACUUAUAUCGAGAGAUCCCUCAACACUAUAGAUGGUGCAAUAGCACAAAGAUUUGGCAGUUGAGAUUGAAUCGUCAAAGAGUAAUUGGUAGAAUUUACACAGUUUCGCCAUCAGAAGGGGAGAGAUUUUACCUAAGAAUUUUACUCAGUCAUAUCAGAGGACCAAAAUCAUUCGACCAUUUGUUAAUGGUUAAUGGAAUUGCGUACCCAACUUUUAAACAAGCAGCUGAACAUCAUGGUUUGUUAGAGCAUGAUGAUAGCAUACGACAAUGUUUGUUAGAAGCUGUAACCAUGCACAUGCCAUCAACAUUAAGGAGAUUGUUCGUUACAAUUUUGGUUUACUGUAUGCCAACAGGGGUGCAAAGUUUGUGGGAUGAAAUUUAUCCUUACUUGAUUGAAGAUUACAUAUCUUCAAACAGUAUGAAUAAUAUGUAUAUCCUUAACAAAACUCUGCAAGAUAUAAACCGUCUCCUGCUACAGCAUAAUAAGAACAUAUCAGAAUACGAUUUGCCUGAGAUGACAAUGAAUUUGGAUGAUAAUUCAACAAUUCCAAAGGUCAUACAAGAUGAGCUUUCCAUUGUAACUCUUCGAGAAGACUUAAAUUCCAUUCCACGAGGAACUGGAAAAACAUAUUUAUAUCGUGCACUGUUGGCCUCAGUGAGAAGUCAAGGUCGAAUUGCUAUUGCAACAGCAACUUCUGGAAUUGCAGUUACACUUUUACCUGGUGGAAGGACAGCCCAUUCAAGAUUCAAGAUCCCAUUAAAUCCAGAGGCUUCAUCCAUGUGCUCCAUUACUAAACAAUCAGAUUUGGCAGAAUUAAUUAGACAUGCAACAAUCAUCAUUUGGGAUGAAGCUACAAUGACGAAUCGUUAUGCUUUUGGAGCUUUGAAUCGAACACUCAUAGACAUCACUGGUGUUGAUUAUCCAUUUGGUGCAAAAUUAUGGUGUUUGGUGGUGACUUUCGUCAAGUACUUCCAGUUGUUCCUAAAGGUACAAAAGCUGAAACUAUUGCUGCAUCGAUAG